CAAAGCGAAAACAUACCUCAGCUGAAAAGCAUGGCAUUAACGAUGGUAUUGGGUUUUACCAUAGCAUAUGCUAUAGUUAUGAUCAUGGCCUUAGUUGGAAACUUGUUACUGAUAUACAUUGUCUGGAAGAAGCCCGAAACGCGAGGCCUGACAAGUUUCUUGUUUGUCAAUAUGGCGGUAGCUGAUCUACUGGUUACGGUAUUUCAGAUGCCCAUUUCCAUGGCUCACUUUUACUCCAAUGUAAUGUCUGGAGUGGCCGGUGACCUGUUCUGUAAAUUUUUUCAUUAUCUUAUGCAAGUGUCGCUGACAGCCUCCAUUCUCAGUCUGGUGGUGAUGGCAUUUGAUCGAUAUGUCGCUGUUAUACAACCUUUGAGGCGAAAAAUGUGGUUCAGAAGAGCCAAGAUCAUUGUACCAGUCAUUUGGAUCGCAUCCUGGACUUUCAUGGCCGUCACCUUAACCUCUUACGAGGUUAAUCAUGCAAAGUGCCAUUAUACCGAGAAGCAUAUUCCAAGAGUUGUGCUUUGGACCUACUUGCUUGUCAUCAACUACGUCCUACCUCUCACUAUCAUAACCGCCCUGUAUAGCAAAGUAGCGCGAAAAAUAUGGUUCCACGAAAUUCCUGGUCAGAAGGAGAUUUCCCGAAACUUGGUAGCCGUUCAGAUUCCCAAAAGAACAGUGCUCCGAACACUCAUCCUCAUUGUGGUAGUUUUUGCGGUCUGUUGGUUGCCCCUGCAAGUGCUGCAAAUGGACUUCGUGGUGAAGGCAAAAAUAACAUGGCAUCCCGCAGCCGUUUACUUUUCCUCUUGGCUCAGUCAGGCUAACAGCGCCAUUAAUCCUUGGCUCUACAUCGUUCUUAAUGGUAAAAUGAAUAGUGCUUUUCGCAGAAUGAUCCGAGGCCAUAGAGUAAGGAGUAGGGGAUUUAGCAAGAAAAGCCAAGAAACCGCGGUCGUGAACUCACUCAGAAAUGCCAUUAUUGAAGACACUGUAGUCUAAGAGAUCAUGGUUGCAGACUACAACAACAGAAGAUUAGGUUUAGCCUUAGGAUCUAUGCAGGUUUGUACGAAUGCGUUUCCUCCAAGUGAAUGCAUACCACGAAGAAGAAAUUGCUUAGAAACCAGUUAAGUCAUUAAAUGAGUCUCGUGUACAAGAAAAUUUAAGAUCCACACCUGUUAGUCACUGAGCCCUUGACGUUCAGCCAUAGGAUGGCAGGUUACAUGAAUUGAAUGUUUCCCCGAAAUAAAAAGCUGUCACCGAGACAAAACACAAAUAAACCAUUAGAAUAUGAUACGGUCAUGAGCAGGCCAUUUUGUGAACACCACACAAUCAUUUGUCUUAAAAGUCCACUUUUCUUUUAAAGAAAACUGCAAAACAGCCUUCACGCUCAAAAAUCGAAACGAGACGAAAUUCUUUGUUUCACCAUGCACUUAUGUAGAUGUAAAAGACAAAUUCUUGCAAAUAGCGAUUGAUAUUUAGCCUCUAAAAGGUCACUGCGUCCUUACUGUAUUCCUGGAAAGACAAAUCCGAAUUUGUAGAAAAAUUGUAGCAGUUAUAACUGUAGAUGACCACUCUUUACUCUUCGCAGUUUUCUUAUUAUAGCCACGACUGUUGUUUACCAAUUUCAAGCCACGUGACCAAUAUGACACACGAAGCUUAAAAAGUCCAUAGGUGGUUUGCACGUUACGUCAUGGCCGCCAUGUUGGUGGACGUAAACAAUGGAUAUCUCAUUAGCUUCUUU